CUCCGACUCAGACUUACGACUAUGAAUCUAACCAGCAGGUUGCAGGUGCUUCGCGCCAGAUGAAGGGGUGUCGAGGUGCCAGGCAUAUGAAAUUACAAAGAGCGCGGGAUGAGUGCAAGCUCAAUUUCGUGCACUGCACUCCUUCACAACGGGAUCUGAUGUUGACAUAAGCCGAAUGCAGGGUCGUGGCAGGGUGGUCAAAGCUAUAUAGAGGGAGCCACAUGUCGACAACGUUCUCCGACCCGCUUCACUUCACCACAUCACGUUCAGCUGUACUUUGUGCCACAGCAUCACCCUCCUCACCAUCCUGCAGCAGCUAGCUACGAUGCAAUUCCUUUCCGUCCUCUUGGCCGCUCUGGCCGCCGCUGGUAGCGCAGCUGCAGCCCCAUCUUUCACUCUGUCCAACGGCUUCCCUAACCCCGACCCUCAAGCCCUUGCUUCCAUCCAAAAGCAAGCCGGUGGCUCUCUCCCCAACACCCCUUUGCCCACCGAGCUCAAGGCUGACUCUAUUCAAACCCUCCAAGUCAUUGCAACCAACGAGAUCUUCGAGGUCGCCUACUUCUCGAGCUUGCUCAAGAACGUCACCAACAACGUCGAGGGUUACACCGACUUUGCCGGACAGUCCCGCGAGUAUGUCAUUGCCAGCUUGAAGGCCAUCCGCGCUCAAGAGGAGCUGCACGCCAUCGGCGCCAACGCGAUCCUGUCCUCCGCUGGCGCAAAGACGAUCGGAGCUUGCGAGUACAAGUUCCCAGUAAGCGACUUCAAGUCGGCCGUUGUGCUCGCCAACACCUUCACCGACCUGGUUCUGGGUGCUCUGCAAGGAGCUUCCAAGACUUUUGCCGUCGAUGGUGGACAGUCAGCCGAGGGUCUCGUCAGCCUCCUCGGCUCCAUCAUUGGACAGGAGGGUCAGCAAGAUGGAGCCUACAGGCUCAUUCAGAAGAAGGUGCCCUCUUCCAGCCCUUUCUUGACCGCUGCUAGCGGUGCGUUGGCCUUCAACGCCGUUGCGCAAAUGUUCAUCGUGCCCGACUCUUGCGGACCCAACUCCAACGUUUCGUCCAUCGGUGUCCCCAGCUUCGACAAGCUCUCGCUCGCAAAGGGUGUCAAGCCAAGCAGCAGCUCAACCUCGCUCAAGUUCACCACCAACACCAAGACGGAUCUCAACGGUGCUCACUUGGCCUACAUCAGCGGCCAAAACAAGCCCGUCGUCGUUGCUGUCAAGAAUGUCAACAAGCAAGGCUCUUCCACCACCUUUGAGGCUAGCUUCCCCUUCGAGAAGAAGAACUUCAGCAACGGCCUCACCGUCGCUGCAUUGGUCAAGAACAACGGUCCCUUCGCCGAUUCCGCCGCGGUCACCAACAGCACCUUCGCUGGACCUGGCCUCAUCGUGGUCGACUAAAAAUUUCACCGUCGCCCCCAAACGUCCCUGCCAUCCGCGUGAACCAUCUCGCGCUGGCAACUUCUAUCCCCUCUUUGCGCAGGCUCAUCUCCAGUACCAUACCUGAUGCUCUUGUAAUGCAUUGCAUUUAGCUGUGUCCACCGCCAUUCCGUCUGAAGCCCAUUGUCGCGCACGCGCGCCUCGCACACUGCACGUUUCGUCGCCAUGAGCACAUCUC